AUGGCUCCAAGACGCAAGAAGGUCAAGGCUAAGAAGAUCAAGACCACUGGAGUCAAGGGCAAGAACACAGCCGAGAGAAGUGAUGGUUCCAGGGAUGUUGCCCGAGGAGACGCUGGGGACGAUGCCGAACAUGUGACAGAAAAGGAGGCGACGAUGCUACUCCAGUUGACACAGAAAGUUGCAGGAGAGGACUAUUUCCACCGUCUUCCGAUUGAGAUACGCCAAAUGAUUUACGCCUUGGCCGUCGUAGAGGAGGGUAAGGUUCGGCCUGUCCAGGUUGAAGCGCGGGCGAACAAGUUCCAUGGAAGCAAAACCGCCACGAAGGCCUUCACCAGCCUGCUUCUGACCUGCCGGGGGUUCUACGAGGAGCUACUAAGUCGCCCCGACUUUUACCGGGUAUGA